GUUAACUACCUCUACUAAAUAGAAGACGUAUUUCUUUGUCACAGUGUGUCUGCGAUUAGACCAUUACAUCUCCUGUUAACGCCUUUCUGAUAGAAGUGGGGGCAGGCUCCCGAUCGCUCCUUCAACAUCUCCCUCACUCUCACCCUCACACUCAAUUCUACCAUCUUUCCACAAGGAUCAAUCGAGGUCGGCCAGGAAACGGGAGGUUUGCAUGGAUGUGCCAUUCAGCGCAAGUAGAGUGCUAGAUCGCGUGCCGUAUGCAUGGACAAUAUGAGCGACCUUCAGAAGAGCUUCGUCAAAGCGCGGCUAGCCAAACUGCCACCCGACCUGCCUUUUCUCAACGAGAGCGAUGAGAAUAGCAAGUUCGGGUCGACCGCAGAAGAAGACGGCGACUCAUCCUCAACCUCGUCAGCUUCGUCGAAUGCAACCAUAAUGCCUUCGCCGAGCAAAGGAUUGUUUUUCAAGCAGGCGUCCACGGGAUCAUCGCGAAAAGACCCUAGCAAGUCACUGAGCUGGUCUGAGUUCUACUCUCAAGAGCUCUUUCUGGAAGAAGAUGUGGAUGAUUUGCAUAUAGUGCAUCACGCCUACAUCACGCCUCCUAGCAAGUCUGGUCCUCUUUUUGUGACACACCACGGUGCAGGCUCAUCUGGGCUAUCAUUUGCCGCCUGCGCCACUGAAAUUCGCAAGAUUCUCCCCGAUGCUGGCAUAUUGUCGUUUGACGCCCGGCAUCAUGGAAGCACCACCGUGCAGUCAUCCAGCGGCGAAGCUAAAGCUCCUAAUUACAAGCUAGACACGUUGAGCCGCGACGUGGUCUUCGUGGUUCGAGAAACGCAAGUCAAGAUGGGAUGGCAGGAAUUGCCAGAUAUAGUCCUUGUCGGACACAGUCUUGGAGGGGCAGUUAUCACUGACGUUGCGAAGAAUGGAAAAUUGGGUAGCAAAGUGCUAGCCUAUGCGGUUUUAGAUGUCGUCGAAGGGUCUGCCAUGGAUGCAUUACAGAGCAUGGACACAUAUUUGUCUACUCGACCUACAAAAUUUGCUUCUUUGUCAUCUGCAAUCGACUGGCACAUUCGCUCACGGACAAUUCGGAACAAUAUUUCCGCUCGAGUCUCCGUUCCCUCGUUGCUUAAAGAAGAAGAGGAUCCAUCUGAUCCUUCGCGUCCGUGGGUAUGGCGGACAAAUCUAGCAGAGACGAAGCCCUUCUGGGAGGACUGGUUUAUUGGACUGAGUCGCAAGUUCCUCGAGGCGAAGGGCGGUAAACUUCUGAUCUUGGCAGGCACAGACCGACUGGACAAAGAGCUAUUGAUUGCACAGAUGCAAGGGAAAUAUUCGCUCCAGGUUUUACCCUCUGCCGGCCAUUUCGUCCAAGAAGACCAACCGGCCAAAACCGCAGGCUUUCUAGUUGAUCUUUUCAAGCGCAAUGAUCGUGGUUCUUUGGUCCUGCCGCCAAAAGUUGGCGAUAUUCUAGCCGCGCGGGCAAUGGAAAAAGGAGUGAAUCAGUAA